GCGCGGGAGUACGAUGACAGUGCUGCCGGCCUUGAUGGCUGGACAGGGUCAGAAAUCAGAACUUGGCCUUGCGCAGCUUGGCAGGCUUUCUCCAUUCUGCUUUCGCGAUGGAGUGCCCGGGGCCAGUUCCCGAGCGCAUGGCAGGCUGUCCGUCAAGUCCACUUACCCAAAACGGAGGCUGAGCCUAACUCCGGUGAGUGUGCUGCCAAAGACAUGCGUCCCAUCGCCAUCAUGUCCAUCCUGUGGAGGGUUGUCUCCUCGACCGUUGCGUCAGGCCAAGAGACCACCGCGUGGGCUUCUGCAGUACUCCAUGAGGACCAAUACGGAGGAUCCGAGGGCGACAGUUGCGCCAAGGCAUGGUGGCCCUGGCCUGCGGCCGGCCAGCAAGCAGUGCGCGCGGCCGCCUUGGGGCACCUCCUUGCAGCCUCCACGCGCAUACUCGGCGUAGAUUUUUACACGCCGGGAGCCCCUGAAGGGGAAGCAACCGUAAAGAGAAUGGAAGCAGCCCUCGCUAUGGGCAAGAAGCUCUGCAACAGGCUCCUACCAGUUGAUAUCAGGCGCGAUCUGUGGCGCACGCGCAUAGUGCCCAAAGCAGCGUGGGGUCACUUGUUCCGGGGUAUCAGCGAGGGACCGAACAGCAGCUUGGCCGUGCACGGCUUCCUAGCGCAGGUCGGAUGGACCAUGACGGAGCCUUUCCGGUGGAGCAGGGGCGUGGAGGGAACAGUUGUUCGGGACUUGUAUCAGCGGGGCGAUUCCUCUGCCAAAGCUGUGAUGAUAGGAGCUGCGCACAGCACUGCAUUCUAUCAGAAGCGCAAGUACGACAUUGUCAAUGCGGAAGCACCUGCGGCAUGCGGUUGGGAUGGCCGGACAUACAGGACAAAGCAGCAUUUGAGAGAGUCAUCCGCUGGCUCGGGCAUGUGCGUGAAACAGUCCGCGAACAGCUCUAGCGGCGUUGAGAUAGGGGCUGAGAACAGCUUGAGGGCUGAGCUUGCGCCCAGCGAAGGCUGGGUGGUGGGUGUGGAGAGAAGGGACGACGUCUUCCGCGUCUUUGGCGGCGACAAGAUCGAAAGCCUAAUGGAUCGGUUCCGCCUUGGAGACCAAAUUCCGCUGCAGAGCCCCAUUGUCAAUGACACUCUGGACCGAGUGCAGAAAGCAGUGGAGGAGUUCUUCAAGAAGACGCGCACCACUCUCUUCGAGUUUGACAAGGUCAUUUCUAAGCAGCGCGAGCUCACAUACUCGACCCGCAAGGAGUUCCUGGCCAAUGAUGAUGCCAGCGUCAUGAAACUAAUCGAGGAGUGGGGCAAGGAUGCUGUGAAAUUCCACAUUGAGCAGGUGACAGGCAAGACUCCUGAAGAAGACAAGACUCCCGAAGAGAAGGAAACGGAGUUCAAGGAAUAUUUUG